AUUCAAAUAACAUAAUAAACGAAGAGGAAUUAGAUCUUAUUGAAUUAAUACAAAAUGAAAUGGAUUCUAAUUCAUAUAAUGUAUUAACAGAAGAAGAUGUACAAAAUAAUAAUUCGUCAUAUAAUAAUGAAGAACUUAAUAAUAAUAAUAUUAGUUCAACAAGUGAGAAUAAUGUUAAUACGUAUGAAUUACCUAAUGAAGAAUUACAUAAUAAUUCUGAUAGAUUAAAUGGUGCAGAUGUAGUAAAUAUGAACUUAUAUUUUAAUGGAGAUAUGUAUAGUUCACUUGGGAAUUUAGAAGAAACGAUAGAAACAAUAAAUGAAGAACAUCAAGAUAACGAAGAUGAUGAAGAAGAAUUUGAAAAGAUGUUAAAUGAAUUAAAAAAUAAUGGAUCACUU